UGGCUAGGACUGCAAUUAAAAUACUGUUUGCCUAUAAGAGUUGAUAAGCCACAAUAUAAAUGUACACAAACUCCUGUUCUUGGGCUAUAUCAUAAAGCAUUUGCUCUCUUAUUUCCUCCUACACAAUUUCAUGCAAGAUCUAGAAAGGACACACUGCCUCUGGUCAGAAGAAAAGAUUGUUAAAGAAGAAAAAGCCUCAGAUGGGUCUUCUGAGUUCUAAGAACUCCAAAAUCAAGCAAGCCCACGUUCUUCUUCUGGGACUUGAUUCAGCAGGGAAGUCUACUCUCCUUUACAAACUAAAGCUUGCUAAGGAUAUUACGACCAUGCCAACAAUAGGUUUCAAUGUGGAGAUGAUCGAAUUGGAAAGCAGCCUUUUGCUCACAGUCUGGGAUGUUGGAGGACAGGAAAAAAUGAGAACUGUUUGGAGCUAUUAUUGUGAGAACGCUGAUGGGCUGGUGUAUGUUGUGGACAGUACAGAUCAACAACGACUGGAAGUCUCACGGAAAGAGUUUGAGCACAUUUUGAAGAAUGAACAUAUUAAAAAUGUGCCUGUUGUCCUAUUAGCCAACAAACAAGAUGUGCCUGGAGCUCUGACUGCAGAGGACAUUACCAGAAUAUUCAAAGUGAAGAAGCUCUGCAGUGACCGGAACUGGUAUGUGCAACCCUGCUGUGCCCUCACAGGCGAUGGGCUGAUAGAAGGAUUCAGGAAAUUAACUGGAUUCGUGAAAAGUCACAUAAAAUCAAGAGGAGACACUUUAGCAUUCUUCAAGCAAAAAUGAGACAGUGAAAAGGUUGAAGCCUCAAAAAAGAUAAAGUUGAAAAGGCUCAGAACUCCCAGGGGAGCCCUGGACCUAACAAACUCUCCUCCUACCCUACCUCAAUAAGUCUCAUUUGGGCUGGAAGCAGGCCUCCAGCUUUCACAGCAGCUUCUUGGACUCCAAAUUCCAAGAUCAUAGAGGAAAAUAAAGGUAUGGUAAGUCAAGGGUGUUGCCCCUUACAUUUUGUGUGUGUGUUAGUGUUUUUCUCUUUUCCUCUUCAUUAUGACUUAAUUCUUGGCAUACUUCCUUCCAUGCUACAUGGUAUAGUUUAAAUAAUACAGAAGAUAAGCCCUUAGUUACUGUUGAUUGAAUACAUGGGUGUGCUAGGCAAUAGGCUAAGUGCUUUCAUACAUCUUCUCAUUUAAUGUUCAUAACUGCCCUGAAAAAGAAUGGCAUUAUUAUCUCAAUUUUAACAAAAGUGAGGAUGGAGACUAAAUAAAGUUAAACUACAAAAACUACAAAAAACAACUUUGUAUUUUAACUGAGGAAUUGCAGAACCAAGAUUCAAAUUUAGGUGUGUGUGACUCUAAGGCCUGUGUCAUUCAUUGUUAAUUGCCAAAAUAUUGUCUUACAGAUAAGGUAUGAUCUCUGUUUUCAAUGAGCUUCUAAUCCCCAAGAAUAAACCCAGGGCUGAGGUGUAGCUCAGGGGCAGAGCACUUCUAGCAUAUAAGAGUUCCUGAUUCAAUCCCUGGCAAUGGGGGGUGGGGAGGAUGCCAGGCCAAUAUAUAUUUCUUUUAUAAUAAGAAUGUUUUUAGAAUAAAUUGUGAUAACAGAGAUGUAAGAAAGAUGCUGAAAGAUUGUUGCCAAAAGAUUUUCUGAUUUCAGGAAGAUCUCAGGAGGGUGGCAAUGUUAAACAUUAAUAAUAGGAUUUUCCCUGAGUUUCCUCAAAUGGUUAAAAAUUCAAAUAUACGUCUCCCUUUACAAUUUCCUUCAGUGUUUUUUUAAAUUGAAUCAUUCUAGUAAUCUUAAAAUUAGAAGCCACUAAUUUACUUUUUUUUUUAAAUUUUUUAUUGUUGGUUGUUCAAAACAUUACAUAGUUCUUGAUAUAUCAUAUUUCACACUUUGAUUCAAGUGGGUAAAAAGUUAAUUUUAUUUUUUUUAAAGUGAAGAUUUAUGAGUUAUGUCUCUUUUUUUGAGAGAGAGAGAAUUUUUUAAUAUUUAUUUUUUAGUUCUCAGCGGACACAACAUCUUUGUUUUGUAUGUGGUGCUGAGGAUCGAACCCGGGCCGGGUUCACGCAUGCCACGGGAGUGCGCUGCCGCUUGAGCCACAUCCCCAGCCCAAGAAAUGACAGUAACAGAAUGAGAUAAAACCUUGCUUGUUCUUCAGCAAUUGAAGUGAUUUAUUUAUUUAUUUUUUCAGUUUUCGGUGGACACAACAUCUUUGUGGUGCUGAGGAUCGAACCCAGCGCCCCGCGCAUGCCACUUGAGCCAUAUCCUCAGCUAAUUUACUUCUAUAGAAAAUAUCUGAAUAGAAAAUGUUUCCUGGUAGCUGGAUAUAGUGGCAUACACUUGUAAUACCAGAUUUUGGGAGGUUGAGACAGGAGGAUUUCAAAUCUGAGACCUUGUUUCAAAAAAAAAAAAAAAGAAAAAAAAAAGACUUUGGUGUAGCUCAGUGGUAAAACACCCCUGGGUUCAAUCCCCAGUACUACAAAAAUAAAAAAUAAAAUAAAAUUAAGUCUCUGGGUAUUCUAGUAAUUUGGUCAUCUGAAUUAAGCCAAGCCCUUUGUGACCCAGUCAUCACGUAAAACUCAAAGAAAACAGUCUGAAAAAAUAUUGGAAGUCUCUGGUGUGUGUUGUGUGUGGUGGGCAGAUAAAAUAUUUUUUUUCUUUUGAAUUCAAGGGUGCUUAACCACUGAGGCACAUCCCUAGUGGUUUCAGGAAUAUUAAUAUUUUAGAGACAGGGUCUCACUAAGUUGCUGAGGCUGGCUUUGAACUUGUGAUCUUCAGCCUCAGCCUCCAAAACUGCGGGGAUUACAGGCCUGCACCACAAGCCUGUUUUUUUGUUUUUUUUUUUCUUUUUCUUUUUUGACUUGGAAUUGAACAGUUUGUAGGGGCUCUACCACUGAGUUACAGCCCCAGACAUUUUUGUUUUGAGGAGUCUCACUGAAUAGCCCAUGAUGGCUUUGAAUUUGUCAUUCUACUGCCUCGGCCUCCUGGAUCACUGGGCUUACAGCAAUGUGCCAGUGUGCCUGGCUGAUAUAGAAUUAAAGUAGAGGAAAUUUUAUAAAGUAAGUUUUUUCCUAUCAUUUCAAAAUCUUUCCCAGUAUAGCAGCCAUUCCUCAAAAUCUCUGGCAAUACUCUCCCAGAAACCUGUAUGCUGUUUUACUUUUUCCCUGGGAUCUAUUUUUUUCCAUGAGUAGCUUUCUUUCUUUUUUGAUGUUAAUUCCAUCAUUCUUUUCUUUCUUUGCCAUUUCCCUCCUGUUCUCCCUAGCGUGUUCCCUCUGUCCUUUAACACACAUGGGUGUAUGGGUAAACACAAACAUACACACAUAUACCUGUAAACCCUUUACCCAGAUGUACAAAUAGUGCUGAUAGGGGACAGACAGAUAUGAGUGUGGGAACAUGAGGUUAAGGGAAUAUUUCUAUAAAAUGGGUCCACUGUGCUGACCCCCAUGUGCUUUCUUUUCCAAGAAGCAAUCUACCUGCAGCUCUGCCUAGUUUAAGUCAACAGGAUAUGUUACAUUCCUCAGCAAACUACCUGUUAUCUGCAGAAUGCAGGCUGAAAUAAUGUUGAUAAGAACACCAGUUACCCUUAAGGGGGGGGGGAAUUUUGUGAUCCUUACAUGGAAAAGAUCCCAGAAUUUGGGAAGAUAAAGAUAAUUCCCUCUUACCAUAAAAUCUGUAAGAACAGAUUCCAGUUAGAACCAGCAUGGGCCAAAGGGACCUAGAGUUGUCAAGGCAGUGGGGUCUUAAAAAUCUGAUGUCAUCCUGCUGUCAGUCAAAAAUCAAGAGGUAGAACCUGAACAGGACUCUCAGGAAACUUCGAUGGGAUCCCUAAUAAAACUGGAGUGAAGGAGAGUCAUGUUAUCCCUCUUUUCUCUGAGAGAACCCCCUCUAUCCCUUGAGAGUGCUCCCCCAUCCCCUUUCCCAUCCCUUCUAAUAAACUUAUUGCCUGUUACUCUGAAAUCUUUCUGACUUGAUCACAAAAAUCUGGGUUUGAAGGGGGGGUAUCUUAGUGCCAUCUCAGUUACCAAGAUGGCCCCAGCCUUGUAACAGUGACUAAAACUAAGGGAAGAUAAUAAGACAAGCAAGAUAGUAGGAAAAUAUUCCUUAGCAGAUGGGAAGAAAGAAGCUGUGAAUAUUUAUAUUUUGAUAUUUGUUGUUAUCAUAUAUUUUAUUUUAUCAUAUUUUAUUGUGGUGCUAGAGAUUGAACCAAGAUUCUCACACAUGUUCAACAAGUUCUCUACCACUGAGCUAGAUCGUGAACCAUUUAUUUUGCUUUAUUUUUGUACAUUCUUUCCAAGCAUUUCAUCAGCAUAUUUUUUUAAAUUUCUUUAAAUUUUUUUUAAGAGAGAGAUUUUAAUUUUUAUUUAUUUAUUUAUUUUAGUUUUCGAUGGACACAACAUCUUUUUGUUUUAUUUUAAAACAAAUUUUGCAUAUAUUUGAGGUUUACAAUGGGAUGUUAUGGAAUACAUAUAGAUAAUAAAAAGGCUACUAUAGCAGCAAAUUAUCGUUUCACAUAGUUAAUCUUUCUGUGGGAAAAGUAGCUAAAAAUCUACUUAUUUAAUAAAAAUCCCAAAUUCCUUACAAUUUUAUCUUGUUCCCAAUCUGUAACAUAGCAAAAUUUUUAUCAAAGUAUCAUACCACUGUGGAUCUGAUAGCAACCAAAAUUACACCACUUCAGAAAUGAUUCUUGGUUAAAGAUUUAAAGAGUAAAUCUCAAAUUUUUGAUUUAAAGCUAAGUGUCAGAUUUUUUUUAAUAUUUAUUUUUUAGUUGUUAUUGAACACAAUACCUUUUAUUUAUUUAUGUUUAUGUGGUGCUGAGGUUCGAACCCAGAGCCUCGUAUGUGUGAGGCAAGCGCUAUACUGCUGAGCCACAACCCCAGCCCAGUGUCAGAUAUUAGGAAAGGUAAAUAUUAGCUAAAUAUUUCUAUCUGAUUUUCUAAAUAUUCUAUGUGAAAAAAUUCCUACAGGACAUAAGAAUAAAGAAUGAUGAAUAAAUAAAACAACAGCAAUGACUGACAUAUAUUAAAAUUAAUUUGCCCAUUUUAAAAGCUGAUCAUCACUGUAUUCUGAUGAUGUACAAAGUGAGUUUCAUCAAGCCAAAGAGGCUGGUAAUUUUAGAUGAAGAGACUAUGGUGCUAGUUUCCCAUAAGUGACCCUCAGUCUCAGAGGCUUACUGAUCACUGCAGUAUACUGGGUAUGUGGGAAAACAACCCAAGAAACAGAUACCCCUGGGUUCUGUUCUGCAGACCUCUAAGUUGGCAAGUUCUUGUUCACAAGAGCUCUCUCUUCAAAGAGAAGCAAAGUGAUUAAGAGAGAGACAGAUAGGACUGGGGAUGUGGCUCAAGCUGUAAUGCGCUUGCCUGGCAUGCGCAGGCUCUGGGUUCCAUCCUCAGCACCACAUAAAAAAAAGAUGUUGUAAAUAUGAUAUGUCAAGAGCUUUAUAAUGUUUUGAACAACCAAUAAAAAAAAUUAAAAAAAAAAAAAAAGAUGUUGUGUCCACCGAAAACUAAAAAAUAAAUAUUAAAAAACUUAUCUCUCUCUCUCUCAAAAAAAAAAAAAAAAAGAGAGACAGACAAACUUCUUCUGGGCAGUGCUAAUGAGUAUUUUAACAUAACAGAAGCUAAAGUCAUAGGAAUUCCAAUUCCAGUCCAUCACAUUUUUACCAUAGUGUUCACUAUUAGCAACUAAGUUACUUCAAGCAUAAGAAAGCAUAUUUUACCUUGAAAGUGUUACACACAUAUAAAAGAUGGUUAUGAGAUGACAAUCAUAUGAGUAGUUUUUACAAAUACUAUCACAUUUUUUUCUUCACAAAAGUCUUAUGAGGGAGCUGGUCUCAGUGGCUCUCCUGCUUGUAAUCCCAGUAGCUCUGGAGGCUGAGGCAGGAAGAUCACAAGUUCAAAGCCAGCCUCAGCAAUUUAGGGAGGCCAUCAACAAUUUAGUGAGAUACUAUCUCAAAAUCAAAAAUAAAAAGGGCUGAGAUGUGACUUAGUGAUUAAGUGACCCUAGGUUCAAUUCCUGGUACAAAACAAAAACACAAAAACCAAAACUCUUUGUUUCUCUAACCAAAUGUGACUAUGGACCAGUAUGCUUCUUGCACCCAAAAUUUACAAAGUAUCUUCAUUUUUUCCUUGGUAUCUUAUAUAUACCAACAAAUGCUGUCAGUUCUCCCUUUAAAGUACAUUUUCCAUCUGACCACUGCUCAGUCCUCACCACUGUCAAAAGGCCAUCAACAAUUCCCAUCUACAUAACUGCAUUUUCCACACAAGUCUGCUGAGAUGAUCUUUUAAAAAUGAAAAACUGAUUGUAUCAUUCCCCUGCUUCACCACACCCCCAUUCAUUUCUUAGUAUAUGUGGUGCCUACCUCCUGUUUCUCUUGCCUUCUCUUGCCUCCAGUCCUACUGAGAUAGGGACUUAGGAUAAAGAGAGUAAUAUUGUAUUUUAAAAGAAACACCCACAAGCCAUUGAGAUGGAGAAAGCAUAGUUGUAAAUUUUGAGCAACAUGCCCUUAGUCUAUGCCCUUGUAAAAUGAGGGAAAUGUGCAAGGGCAGGGAAAACUGGUGCAAAAUUGUACAGCUUCAUCCUGGAUCCACCUCUAGUGAUGGCUGCUGAUACAGUCCUUCUAAUAUUUGACCCCGUAGUCCAAAUCAGGGCUUUGGAAUCAGAACUGGAAUUCUGAUUAGUCACUUAUUUUGUUUUUUAGGCAUGUUGCUUUACCUCUCUGAAUCAGUCUUCCUAAUUAGAAUUAUGACUUGAACAAGAAAUAAACUUUUAUUAAGCCAUGGAAGAUCUGUAAAUUGUUAGAGCCACUGCUGUUAAAUUGCCCUAAUAAAUUAGGAUUGUAAAACCCUCCUUUCCCAGUCUCCUUUUCGUCACAAACCCCAUCUGACCUGUCUCCCCACAUCCAUCCUACCACCCUCAUUUGCCUCACAGGGAAAAGGGAUUUAAUUUUUCUUCAACUUUUUAUUUUGAAAAUUUUCAUAUCUUUAGAAAAGUUGAAAGAGAAAAGUUAACGCAGAUGUACUUAGUUUUGUUUUGUAUUUUUUUGGUACUGGGGAUUGAACCCAGGGACACUUAACCACCGAGCUACAUCCCCAUCCCAUUUUUAUUUUUAUUUUUUUAGAUUUAUUUAUUUAUUUAAUGUGGUGUUGAGGAUUGAACCCAGUAUUUCACAUAUGCCAGGCAAGUGCUCUACCACUGAGCACCCCCCCGCCCCAACCUUUUUUAAAAAAUUUGAAACAGGGCCUCACUAAGUUGCUGAGGCUGGUUUUUGAACUUAUGAUCCUGAGCCUCUGGAGCCACUGUGAUUAUAGGUGUGUACCACUGCAUCUGGCAAACUAGAAUUAAUUUUUUUAAUAUAUAUUUUUAGUUGUAGAUGGACACAAUACUUUUAUUUAUUUGUAUGUGGUGCUAAGGAUCAAACCCAGUGCCUCACACAUGCUAGACAAGCUCUCUACCACUGAGCUACAGCCUCAGCCCCCUAGAGUUAAUUUUGAUGUAAUAUUGAAAUAAGAUUCUCUUUUCCUACAAAUAUUUAACCACUCAUCACAUAAUUUAUCAAAUUCUGUAUUGAAUUGCUAAUUUUUCCACUGCCACUUUUAAAAUAGUCUUUAAAUAUUAUUUUUUAUAUUUCCAUUUUUACUAUCCUAGCUUUUCAUACUGCCAACUUUCAUCUAGAUUACUGCUAUAGCUUCCCAACUCUUUUCUUGGUCUUCAAUCCCUUUCUCUUUUCCUUUUUCUAUUUCUCUGUCUCUGUUUCUUGGUCUCACUCUCAAUCUCUACACACACACACACACACACACACACACACAGAGUUGCAAUCAUUCUAAUUCUUUAUAAUUCUUCAUGCCUAAAUACUUCAUCAUGUAUAUCCUUAAAUCAACCUUCUUUUAUAUAACCAUAGUACCAUUAUAAACAUCAAUUUUUCAGCAUUAUUAAAUAUUAUUUAGUAGUUCAUAAUCAAAUUUCCUUCAUAUUAUCAUUUAUAGAAUUUAUAGAAUUUGUUUGAUCCAGAAUCUAUCGUAUUUGCUUAUGUCACUUUUAAUUUUGAACAUUUUCCUUACCUUUUCUUGGUUUUCUUCUACCUAGAUUUGUUUGUAUGUUUUGCCCAGGAGAUUGAAUUUAGGGUCUUGCUUGUGCUAAGCCAAAUAUUCUAAGGCCGAACUAUCUCACCAGCCACUCCUUCACCUUUAACUCUAUUUUGAGACAGAGUCUGGCCAAGUUUAAGGCAGGCUGGCUUUGAACUUGCAAUCCUCCUUUCUCAGUCUCCUGAGUCACUGGGAUUACAGGUAUACACUACCACACCAACCUUAUAAUUAUUACACUAAAUUUUCUUUUUGCAGUGUUGGGGAUUGAACCCCUGGUGCAUGCUAGGCAAGCACUCUCUCACUGAGCUAUAUGCCCAGUCCUGUUUCUUUUCUUUUUUCUUUCUUUUUUUUAUUUUUCUUUUUUUUUGAUGGAAUCUGGCUUUAUUGUGCAGACUACCCUCCAACUCUUGGGUUUAAGCCAUUCUCAUUCUCAGCCUAUUGAGUAUCUGGGACUACAGGCAUAUACCACUAUGCCAAGCUCAUUAAUACUUUUUUUUUCUUUGUGGUACUGAAGAUUGAACCCAGAAGCAUUCUAUCUUUGAGUUACAUCCUAAGCCCUUUUUAUUUUUCAUUUUUUAAAAAUUUAUUUAUUCUAAUUUGUUAUAUAUGACAGCAGAAUGCAUUUCAUUUAAUAAUACACAUAUACAGCACAAUUUUUCAUGUCUCUGGUUAUACACAAAAUAGAGUCACACCAUUUGUGUCUUCAUACAUGUACUUACAGUAAUGAUGUCCAUCUCAUUCCACCAUCUUCCCUGCUUCCCUGCCCACUUCCUUCCCCUCCUUCCCCUUUGCCCUAUCUAAAGUUCCUCCAUUCCUCCCAUUCUCCCCCACCUCCAUUAAGGAUCAGCAUCCACAUAUCAGAGAAAACAUUUGGCCUUUGUUUUUUUUAGGGUCUUGCUAAAUUGCUGAGGCUGGUCUUGAAUUUGUAAUUCUUCUGCUUCAGCCUCCCUCUGUUUCUUCAUGAUGUGAUUGUGGCUAAAUAUUUUGAGAAAGAAUAUUCUACAAACAUUUUAUUUUCUACUGCAUUCACCAGGAAGUCACAGUGUCUGUUUGGAAAACUGGAAACUAUAAAAUAGUAAUUUUUCUAUUAUUUCUUGUGCAUUUUCUGGGUGGCAUCCUUCUAUAAAAAUAAACUUUCUCUUUUAUAUCCCAUCUCCUUAAUCUCUACUCAA